UCAUGAAACUGUGUCACCAAGUUAGCUCCCAGCUGCGUGAGCGUAGGGCAGUCGGGGCCGUCUCUCCGCGGUGUUGCUUCAUCCUCGUCCGUCCUUCUCGGCUUUUCAGUGCGAAUACAUGUACCUCCUUGGUGCUCCGCUGUCCAUCCUGGAAUACUUGUGUGAGCGACUCUGCGAGACCGGAAUCUCCCGGCGCGUCACAUGUUCAGAUCCGCCUUGACCAAUUCAUAGCAGGACCUAAGGUUGCCACGCGUGAGUGUGGCACGUCUUGGCGCGUCUCUCGUGUCCGCUAUGGAUAUGAGCGUGGGGUUGCGGGCAGCAUGUGUGGUCGGGAUUUUGCGGACACAACUGUUGCUGACAGCUUUAUGAAAGAGCAGUGGCUUUAUGUAUUGCUUGACCUUUAUUGAGUACGACAAGGCUGUGGAUCCUUGCCGCAUUGAUGAAAGGAAUCGACGUGAAUAUUAAAAUACAUUUUCAGCCUCAGACUUUUAUUACAAGUCGGUAGCACUUCCUGACCAGAGUCGAUGAGGGCUAGGACCUUCACUAUAGUCGGUUCUUGAGUGCCAGCUUGAGCCGUCUUAGACUGGACUUGGGUGGACUGGGAUAACUAGUUUAAUGAAGUCUCUCAUCGCAUCAUCUCGCUGCCAACGUGUAGUCUCUGGUGUGUAAAUGGAAUGGUUAAUGCUCAACGGACUUUAUUUCACAAAUACCAGUUUGAGACGGAGGUGAAGGCUUUGAAGUGCUGAUUGAUGUGAAGAUCCGCAGAAGGUUGCGCUGUGAACCAGGCAGUCACAACAGGGAACCGUGUCAUAACCCACCCACAUGUAGAAAGUCAGGCCUCGGAUUCGAAAAAAUGACCAAGACAAUUGUUCUUCUUUCCUUGCCAAAGCUUCCAACGCACC